AUAUGAUACAGCUGACCAGACAGACACAGAUGACAGUGAGUCAGUGAAGAAUAUUUCAGGAAAACAAGAUGUUCAGCAGCAAAUCGGCAAUUUUCGAUCGAGCUCUUGAAAAAGCUACUAGCCAGUUGCUUUUAGAACCAGACUGGGACUCCAUAUUGCAGCUAUGUGAUACGGUACGACAGGCAGAUGUUACUCCAAAGUAUGCUGCACUUGCCAUAAGGAAGAAGAUCCAGUUUGAUAAUCCACAUGUGUCCUUGUUUGCUCUACAGGUCCUGGAGUCUUGUAUGAAGAACUGUGGCUCACUUAUACAUGGAGAAGUGGCCACCAAAGAGUUCAUGGAAUUCAUGAAGGACCAAGCUAAGACAAGAAAUGAUCCUGUGAAGGCCAAGAUUCUAGAAAUGGUUCAGGUGUGGUCCCAUGCAUUUCGUAAUGAGCCAAGCUACAAAGUUGUGCAGGACACAUUUCAUCUGAUGAAGAUGGAAGGUUACAAGUUCCCUCAGCUGAAGGAGGCAGAUGCCAUGUUUGCGGCAGAGAAAGCUCCGGAAUGGAAGGAUAGUGAUGUGUGUACCCGAUGCAGAGUGGCUUUUGGCAUGGUGCAGAGGAAGCACCAUUGCCGCAAUUGUGGUGAGGUGUUCUGCAGCAAGUGCUCCUCGAAGAGUUCCAUCAUCCCAAGAUUUGGAAUUGAGCGUGAAGUACGAGUUUGUGAUGCUUGCUUUGAUAAGCUCAACAAACCUACAGCAAAAGCUGGCCCUGAUGAACUGCCUCCCGAGUACCUGGCAAGUCCCCUGUCCAAACAGCCACAGCAGAACCCCACAGUCAAGACUGAGCAGGAACUUCAAGAGGAAGAAGAGCUGCAGCUUGCCCUUGCUCUGUCCAAGAGUGAACAUGAGACCAAGGAGAAGGAGAGGGAGCGCCUGCGGCACAACUACUCCCUCUACAGUGGUGACGAGAGAUCCUCCUCCCCGCAGUCGGGGAAAAACGCUCAAAUGACACAGCCACCGGCGGCUGUGACCUCAAUUGACACGAGUGACAUGGACCCUGAGUUGGCAAGGUACCUCAACAGGAACUACUGGCAGCAGAAGUCUGAGCAUCAAGCUGUCACAUCGACUACAACACCCUCUGCCCCCGUUGUCACCACCGAGCCCAAGACAUCCACAGUUAAGACACAGGAGCAAAUACAGACGUACCCACCCUACCAGAAUGGUGAAACGGAUGAGGAUCAGGCACAGUUCCUCAAUGCCCUCAACAGCAGCAUUGAGAUUUUCGUCAACCGAAUGCGCAGCAACUCUCAGCGUGGUCGCAGCAUUGCCAAUGACUCAUCUGUGCAGUCAUUGUUUGCUGUUAUAAGCAACAUGCACCCUCAACUCAUGAAGUACAUACAGGAGCAAGAGGACCUUCGAAGUCACUAUGAGAGUCUUCAGGACAAACUUGCUCAGCUACGAGAUGCCCGUGAGGCCCUGGAUGCUCUGCGCGAGGAACAUCGCGAGAAGCGUAGACGUGAGAUGGAGGAGCUGGAGCGUCAGAGACAGAUACAGAUGGCCCAGAAGUUGGAGAUCAUGAGACAGAAAAAACAUGAAUACCUGGAGAUGCAGCGACAGUUGGCCUUGCAGCGCCUGCAGGAGCAGGAACGGGAGAUGCAGAUGCGUUUUGAGCAGCAGAAACACCUGACCCAGAUGAGGCAGAUGCAGGCAUAUGGCUACCCCCAGGGCAUGCCACAACAGAUGUAUGGUCAGAUGCCUCCACAGGGGGUCCCAGGCCAGAUGCCACCCCAGGGAAUGCCACCUCAAGGCCCCCCUCAUCUUCAACAACAGGGACCGCCCCAUGGUUUCAGCCCUGUGGGGUCCACUGAAGGCUCUCCAGUCCACCAGACUGGUGGCUACAACCAACAGGGGCCCAAUAUGAUGCCACCCGGUGGAGGAGCCCCGCCUGCUCAAGGAAUGUACAUGCCCCCAAACACUCAACAAGCAUACACCCAAGCAGGACCUCCCAACAUAGGAUAUGCUCCGCCACAGGCCAGCAUGGCAGGGGGUGGGGCAAAUCUUCCUGGGGGAGGGGCAACAAUUCCUGGGGGCUACCAGGCCCAUUUACCAUCUCAAACACAGACAGAUGGAGUUCAAAUGGCAGGUCCGCCACAGGGUAAUUUUGGGCCAGGUCCUGGUGGGGUAGGAUAUCCUGAUCAGGGUCCAGCUAGUAUGCCCCCACAGAUGCCGCCCUCAGGGGGGCAACAAGCACCUGCUGCCCCGGCCUACGCAUCAAUGCAACCUAAUAUGGAAUACAACACUUACAACAUGCAGAACAUGUCAGGAGCCCUACCCCAGCAGAACCAAGCUGUAUACAACAACCCCCAGCAACCAUACAUGGGACCUCCUCCCCCACAAGGACAGUUCCAGGGGGGUGCCCCUCCACAGCAGAUGCCCCCACAGAACCAGCCCCCUCCCCAUCAGGAAAAUGAGGCGUCGCUGAUAUCUUUUGAUUAACAUAUUUGUUGCACUUGUGACAUAUGAAUUGUUUGUUCCUAUAGUGAUAUUGGACAUGUGAUCUAAGCAGAUAAGAUAAAGGCUGAUCAUUUAAGGGUAUCUGUAUAUUUCAUUGUUGCUUAUGGUUUGUGAAAUCUGGAGCAAUUU